GAAUACUAAUCUACUGUUCAUUCUACAUCCAUUUUUCUGUUAGACAAUACAUGAAGUCAGUACUGAGAAAGUCACAUCAUUUAUAAUAAUACCUUUCCACGUCUUGCGUAUACUUUUGAUACGAUUUCAUUGAAAGAAAAAAAAAUAUAUAUAUAUAUAUAGAAAAGAAAAGAGCAACAAAAACAAAAAGUCUAAGGCAGCUCUAAGUGAUAUAAAGAACUGAAAGUUAUCAUACACUGUUGUCAAGGCACCAGUCACAGGAGCAACACGGGUUCUGAUCGCGUCUGCCCUGACAGAGGUGGGGCUGGUGCGCUGUUGCUCAAGCAGACAUUCGUUUGACUGUCAUUGUGUCUAGUGCAUUCCUACGGUGAUCAAGCCUGCAUUAGACCAGUGAAAAUGUAACUUGUUAUUUACCGGGAAAUAGUCACCAACAUCAUGAGUUGGAGGGCAAGAGAAAGCGAAGACCAUUCCGGCCCCCGAGGAAGAGGAUUUGUUCCACCUUGGAGGCAGAAAGGAAGAGAUGAUAACAGAUAUUUUCUCAUGAGAUCCCGCAGUCAAGAAGGUUGGGGGAUAGAAACUGAUUCCUUUUCCAGAAGAGGCAGAGGAAGUGAUUACAAUAAAAGGGAAGCAAGAAGUCGGGAUAACUUGUGUGAUGAUUCUUUGCCCAAGAAAAGGAGGGCCCCAAGAAAAGAAAGGCAGUAUCCCAUAGGUCGCAAACAACUUGAGCUGUUGUUGGACCAGCACCCAGAUCUUGUUGUAUUAGAACUCCUCAGAGAACAGUCAGGUUACCAGCUAUAUCUUCAACAAGAUAUAGUAUGUAACGACAGCCUGAUAUUGUUGAUAAGGGUUCUUGCAAGGGCAUGCUCAGCAAAAUCCAAUAAGCAAAAUUUGUUUGAAUUGUUCUGUAUGACCUGUGAACAGAAAUUUAUGGAUAGAUUGUGUGCCUUCUCAAUGACAAUUAAAAGGCAAUAUCCCAGUGAGGCUAGUACUUACUUUCUAAAUCUACACAUUUUUCUUGAAACCUUUGCCACUGCAAUGACUACAAAUGCCAUUGAUAGAAUUGCGGACUUGACUGAUACCUGCAUAUCCGCAUUGGGUAUUUUGCAAGACCAAGGUUUUGUGGAAGCAGAAGUGAAGGAGAAGUAUGAAGAAUUACAAAAAAUGUUAAGUGAAGCCAGAGAGAAGUGGACCCACAAGAAAUCCCAAGCAUCUACACACAAGGGGAAGUAUAUGAUGGAUGACAUGGAACCACCAGAUGACUUCAGAGAACUGCCUGUCCAUCCAGUUGCCUAUGAUCUCUCAAAACAGCAGCGCCCUUUUCUCCGCAGGAACAUAGUUGAAGGGAAGUAUAAAGAUGGUCAACAUUACUUAGAUAUUCAGUUCCGUCUCCUGCGUGAAGAUUUUGUCAGACCAUUAAGAAAUGGAAUAAAUGAUUUCAGAGAUGAUACGAAGAAUAUUAGAGAAGUGAGAAUUUAUAGAAAUGUAUUCAUUGUUGAGUCUGAUAUCAAAAGAAAAUGCCUAAUCCAUUACAUUCAGCUGAACUUGCCUAAACACUUAAAGGUGGAAAAUUCAAAGAGACUGUUGUAUGGGAACCUGUUAUGUUUUUCACAGGACAAUUUCAGAAGUAUGGUUCUUGCAUCAGUUGCAGAAAGGGAUGUAGAUAUGGCUAAAAAAGGAAUGAUCGGAGUGAAGUUUGAGAGUGACAUUCAAGAUUUUGACAUGUCUGGAAAGUUUACAGUGGCUGAGUCACGAGCAUAUUUUAUGGCAUACAAGCAUGUUCUCCAAACCCUACAAGACAUGAGUGGUAAUCCAGUUCCAAUGGAAGAAUACAUUGUCCAUGUUAAUCAUGAUGUGAAAAUCCCAACCUAUUUGGACAUGGAAGAUAGAUCAUAUGAUUUGCGUGUGGUAAGAGAUAUAACUAUGAUGAAAAAGAGUGAAAUUAAAAAUAAACUAGAAUGUCUUUUGCACAAGAAUUAUUCAGAUUCUAAGGAAGAGUCAAUUUCCGAGAAAGACUCGGAUAACAGCUUGGAAGAACUGCGCAGUGUUCCAAUGUGUCAUGGCUUAGAAGCUUGGCCUUCUUCUCUAGAUAUGGGAUUGGAUACAUCUCAGCACAAGGCAUUGCAUGGGGCACUAACUCGACAGUUUGCAAUUAUACAAGGACCUCCUGGCACUGGUAAGACUUUCAUAGGGUUAAAGAUCACUCAGACUCUUCUCCAUAAUAGUCAAUUCUGGAAAAAUGAAGAAGAUCCAACCCCAAUACUUGUUGUAUGUUAUACAAACCAUGCACUGGAUCAGUUUUUGGAAGGAAUGAUGUCAUAUACGAAGAGUAUUGUAAGAGUUGGGUCAAGAAGCAAAAACGAAGCACUAAGUAACUAUCAGAUAAACUACCUUGCACGGUCUGUACGUCUGUCCCGGGGAAUACCAGACGCUAUAUUUGGCUGGAGUUCACAAUUAUAUGAUAAUGUUGUAGAAAUGGAAUAUAAGAUUAAACAUCUAAGAGUCAUUGCAAAAACCUGUGUUGCUCUUGAAGGAAUUUUGACCCUAGAAAGCUUUCUGCAAGAAGAUAUUAUCCCAAAACAUUUACAAAGUCAAUUAAUGGCAAGCAGCAAUCAAAUGACAAAGUGGUUGUUGCUUAACAUGCAACAGGAUGACCUUAGAAAUGCUUCAUUUGAAGAAGUGCCUCAGCCUUAUGAAGGAUAUCCAGCAGCAAGAGAGGUGGCUGGGCCUCAAGAGAAUGACAUGCAAGAAAAUGACGAUGGGCUUGAUAAAGAUCAAGAUGACUAUUUCCAAGAUGCAGAGGAACUGAUACAACUCGAAGAGGAAGAUAGGAGACUUGAUGAUCUAGAUGAUAUACCCAUGACAGAUCAAAGAAUGACAGUGCGUUAUGAAAUAACAUAUCAGAUGCUUGAUAGAAGUAUGGAAGAACUCAGCAACCGUGAAACUGACCUAGAAGAAUAUUUCCGGCAUGCAAUAUAUAAAAGUCAGAAAGAAUGUCUUAUGAGAGGUUUAAAUUUACCUGAAAGUCAUGCAGAAAUGGAGAAGUUAGAGAGCCUGGACAUAAAUAUCUGGAGAUUGGAUUUUCUGACAAGAUGGAGGCUAUACAAAUUUUGGUUACUUAAACUGUAUCAGAAAGUCAUGAAAAAGCUGACGGUCCUGGAAGCAACAUUUCAGAGGAAGGCCAUAGCUCUUCAGGAGGUAAAAAACCAAGAGUUUCUGCAUAUAAUGCGACAUCACUCUAUUGUGGGUAUGACCACUACAGGUGCAGCGCAAUACAGUGCAGUAAUGCAAGACCUCGCACCAGCGAUUGUGAUCAUUGAAGAAGCAGCAGAAAUACUGGAGUCACAUGUUAUCACAGCUCUAACUUCAAAAUGUCAGCAUCUAAUUCUUAUUGGAGAUCAUCAGCAACUGCGACCAAGUGCAACCGUGUACGAGCUAGCAACAAAGUAUGGCCUGGAAACUUCUCUCUUUGAAAGAAUGAUCAAAAAUGGAUUAGCGUGAGUGUAACUUGCUGUAAUUUGCGUUGAGUUGUAUAAUCUUGGCCAGGCAGAAAGCAUUUUAUAUCUUACAAUGGUCUUUGUGGUUAUAGAUUAUAGAUAUCCAAUAUAAUACACGCUCACGCACGCACGCACGCACGCACGCUCACUCACUCACUCACUCACUCACUCACUCACUCACUCACUC